UGUGCAGCAAUGAGCAACACCGCACCCGGUUCUCUUCCCCUCAUUCUUGCGGACACCGCAAUGUCACAGACGUCAUCUAACAUGGGCGGCCUCUCCGAUGAGAAGCUGGGAAACCCUUUGGCUAUGAGUACGACGAGAUUCUCGGAAAGGUCCAAUCACGACCGGUAAGGAACAUACGACUCCAGGCGUUCUCGAUCUACCGUCGUCUAUUCUCACUGGUGUUCAUUACCAACAUGGGAAUCUUCAUCUCGUACGCGAUCAGAGGGUACCACUUCCAGAAGAUUGCCUUGGUCACCGCCGCGAAUAUCUUCAUUGCUAUUCUCAUGAGACAGGAACUCGUAAUCAACACUCUGUUCCUUAUCUUUUGUUCAAUCCUGAAGUCCUGGCCUUUCUUCAUCCGUAAAACCGCUGCGAGAGUGUAUCACCUUGGAGGCAUACAUUCGGGCACUGCAUCCUCGGCGGUAGUAUGGCUCAUUCUCCUCGCCGUACAAGCUACACGAGAGCGUGUUAACAACAGAGGGACAUCCACAGCGACCGUAGUGCUCACUUAUAUCAUCCUGUUUCUCUUGGUCGGCAUCGUUCUAUUUGCGUACCCGGCACUCCGAAUCAAGCGCCAUGACGCAUUUGAACGUGUACACCGUUUCUUGGGCUGGACGGCAACUGCACUCGUUUGGGCACAGGUCGUCUUGUUGACCAACGAUUACAAAGGUGACAAGUCGUUGGGUUCUGCCCUUGUGCACUCGGCCGCCUUUUGGUUGAUGAUCAUCCUGAACUUGUCCCUCAUUCUUCCCUGGACACAUCUCCGGAAGGUCCCGGUUAACAGUGUUAUGCUUUCGAACCACGCUGUCCAACUCUUUGUUGACUACGGCCCACACCCUGUUCCUGGGUCUUUCCAACGAUUUUCUACCGACCCUUUGAACGAAUGGCACAGUUUCGCUACCAUUGCAGUACCAGGGAAGUCUGGCUUCUCUAUCAUCAUUUCUCAAGCUGGUGACUGGACCACGGAGAUGAUCACGAAGGAGAUCUAUGUGCGUGGUGUGCCCACGUGUGGUGCUCUUCGCAUUGUUCCUCUUUUCCGGCGGGUUCUAUUCGUGGCGACUGGAAGCGGUAUUGCGCCGUUCAUGCCGCACAUUAUGAGUGGAAAAGUUGACCAUAAACUGUUUUGGAUGGCUCUCAAUACCCGGGCAACAUUCGGUGAUUCGCUGGUGAACUCUGUUUUGGAGAACAGUCCCGGAGCUGUUGUUUACGAUACUCGCAAGCACGGCAAACCCAAUAUUGUCAAGAUUACGAACCGUUUCGUAGACGAGUUCCAGCCGGAAUGUGUCUGUGUGAUUUCGAAUCAGAAGUUGACAGAGAAGGUCGUUUAUGGUCUCCGAAGCAGGGGUAUCCUUGCCUUCGGGGCCAUAUUCGACUCGUACGUAGUAGGUGGAUUCUAAGUAGAUAAACAUAACUAGAUAAUCAGGCCUGAAUCUUAUCUGUACGUUAUCCACGUGGUCAAUUCUGACGAUCAAAGCAUGAGGGUUGCAUCGGAGUUUCUACUUACUCCACCUCUUCCUUGUGUACUCCAUCCAUCAAUGUAUCGUUAUUGGCCACUGUAUUAUAUCAAGCCUCUUCGAUACCAUCAUUGAC